AUGGUCACCGGUAUCGAGGUUGCUGGUAUUGCCCUCGCAUUCUUCCGCUUCCUGUUGAAUACACUGGAACAAGCCGUGGAGGGUGUUGUGGAUGACGAGGAAAUGAUUUCCAAACUCAUCCGUGAUCCACAAGGUGCGGGAUGGAAGGACGCAGACUUGCGAAACCAACUCCGCUUGAGGCUGGACCGAAAUUACGACGUCUUUAUCAACAAUAUGACUGGUCUCUCAGAUUUGCUGCAACAGCUAUCCCACAAGCUAUGGAUUGGUGCAACUGAUUUGAAGACACCUAUCACCGAGGCUUGGGAAAUAUGGAAACUUCGGAAAAUCAUCAGCAAGGCAGUUUACGACGAUCUUCUGACGAAGAUUGAUGCAACAAAUACAAUACUCAACACUCUGAUUGACCAGUCAGUUCACCGGGACGAGGCCAAGAAAAAGCAGCAGCCCCGGAAUUACCUCCUCAAGCGAUAUCAAAAGGCUCGCAAGCAUGCCGAGGGGCUGUUCAAAACAAUUAUCGGAGGGAGCUCCUGGAGUUGCCAAUGUAGGGAGCAACAUUGCGUUCAUCUGCAGCUGCAAACAAAUCUCUUUGAAAAUACCAACGAGUGCAUAGGAGGUAACAUCGAUGCCAAGACCCAAUUUCGAAUAAUCUUUCCUAACGAUAAUGAGACAGUCCCAAAUUGCUCAUGGACUAGGACAGAAGUGUUAUUUGAGCCUUCGCAGGUUGAAGAAAUUGUGACAAUGUAUACCAGUCUGUCUCGGCACGGCGAUCCCAAGUCCCAUAACUAUGAGGCCGAAGAUCCAGUUCGAUAUUCUCCUUGA